AUGGGAUGGGAAGCAUGUUCCUGGCUUGAGGUCCUGCUGCUCGUUCGGUGGUGGCCGGUUCGACUCUGCCACAGCCUUGUUGCCGCCAUGUUCGGCUUUGCCUCAAUCUUGCAAGGCUGCCCCGCACGGCCUGCACCGCUCGGCCAACUGGUUGAGGAUCCGUGCUGCUUCGUCGGCUCCGGUCGCUGUCUCUCUGCCGAUGGCAGUGCAGUCAGGCGCUGGCCAUUUGGGCUGCUUGGUCUGCGCGGGACUUUCGAGAUGCAUUCUCCUCUCCCUCUUGCGAGACCGGUCUCGCGCUCGCUCGCUGGGCGACGGGCUUUGAGCAAGCCGAAAUGGCACCCGAAAAUGCCUCGCUGCAUCCGCGACCAACACCAAGCCAGCCGAGCCAUUGCCGUUUCGAUCGUCGAUUUUCCGACCGAGGUCAUCUAUCAUGUCCUCGACUAUCUGCCGGCGACGGCGUCGGCCCGGCUCGCCAAGUCCUGCCGCUUUCUCCGCGCAGCCUCCCGGGACGAGACCUACUGGGUGCAGCGCUUCAAGUCUUAUCCUCAUCGACCGGGCUUCAUCGAAGGCUUUGGCGUCAACACCAUCCUCAUAUGGAUGCACUGCGUUGAAAGCAAGCUUUGUGUCGAGUGCAUGAAACCCACCGCCAAGAGUGCCUUCUCCAUCUUUGUCUACCCCAUAUGCAAGCUCUGCGUCUUUGAGAAGGGCGACGAGUCUGGAGAGAACGGUCUGAUUUCGGUAACCUCGAUGAGCAAGACUUACAACCUCAGCCCCAGUGACAUGCCGUAUGCUGCAAAGACGGUGAAGAGCAAGGGCCGGUUCAACACCGGGACCUACUAUCUGCAUCCCGAGGUCAAGGCCCGGGCCGCCGAGCUGCACGGCAGCUGGCAAGCCGUUUGUCUCUGGCAAGACGAGCGCGACGAAAAGCGCUUGCAGCGCCGCGAUAGCCGCAGCAGGUUGCAGGCAUCCCGGAAGGCCAAGUUCGAUGCCCUUUUCAAGAAAACCAAUCGCUUCUCUCAGUAUAUGAUCGACAGCUACAUUUCGAACGGCAAGAACUUCAAGGCCCUCAAGGAGCGCAUGGAACGCGACUAUGACUUUCUCCACGUCGUGAACGAGGAAAAGUUCAAGUUUAGCCAGCUCGACUAUGAGCAGUACCGAGACGAGCUGAUCCAAACGCCUGAGCAGCUCCGCGACCAUGUCCGCACGCAGAUUGCCAACGAACGCAAGUUCACUGCCAAGCUCGAAGGCUUAUUCGAAUCCGCCAAGGCCGCAGCCGAAGCCGCGGCCGAACGAGUUCCGCCAGACCACAUCCCUCCGUCCUCGCAGGACUUGCGGGAGCAAGAGCUCACAUCGAUCCUUCAAGCCUCCGUGGGGAUCACCGUGGCAGAUAUCAAGAGCCAGAGCAGCUACAGCAGCUUUGCGUCCAACAAGGCCCAGGUCAGCCCACAUCGGGCCGUGAAGCAGUACCUGACCUACGAUUUCACACGAAAUCCAAGCAAUCCGAGCCAUCAGGGCCACCUGCGCAAGCUCGUCCACUACAUCGUCGAGCGACACAUGUGGAUCCAGUCCGAGAACAAGAUUCUGCGCGACGGCUCCGAGCCUGAGAUCUCCAUAUCGCCGCGGGAGCUUCGAACGCGGCUGAUAGAUCACGGUCUGGAGCACCGGGGUCUGUCAAGGCGAAGCGACAGCAAGCUGUGCAUGAGGUACAUUGAACAGAACACCAACAUCUCUCUGUUCGACGUUGUCCAGCGCAUGUGCGAGAUGCAUAUGCUCUUCGAGGUCUACCACGGGGACAUCCAGAACUACAAAGCCAUGCAUCUGACAAGCUGGCGCGAGGAGUUUGAUUUUGGCUCGUUUGAAAAGUAUGUCCUGGGAAACAAGUCGAAGGAGUUGGGGCACUCCUACCCUCUUGUUUACGACUUUUGA